AUGAACCCUGCCAUCAACUGUGAGCACCCCAACCCCCUGAGCAGUGUUGAUGUGCUUAGCUCCCACCCGGAUGGUCAAGACAGCAAGAAGGAUGGGCAGGCCAACAAACCCAGCAGUAGCCACCUGGCCUAUGACAUCCUGGACAUCCCGCCCUGGUACCUCUGCAUCUUUUUGGGGAUCCAGCACUUCCUCACAGCCCUGGGAGGGCUCGUGGCGGUCCCUCUCAUCCUGGCGAAAGACCUGUGCCUGCAGCAUGACCCCCUGGCCCAGAGCUACCUCAUCAGCACCAUUUUCUUCGUCUCUGGCAUCUGCACUCUCCUGCAAGUGUUCCUAGGGGUCAGGCUGCCCAUUCUCCAGGGAGGGACGUUUGCUUUUGUGGCACCAUCCCUGGCCAUGCUCUCACUUCCUGCCUGGAAGUGCCCCGAGUGGACAUUCAAUGCCAGCCUGGUGAAUACCAGCUCUCCGGAGUUCACUGAGGAAUGGCAGAAGAGGAUCCGAGAGUUGCAGGGUGCCAUCAUGGUGGCCUCCUGUGUCCAGAUGCUGGUGGGUUUCUCAGGACUCAUUGGCUUUCUCAUGCGUUUUAUUGGACCCUUGACCAUUGCUCCAACGAUCUCCCUGGUGGCCCUGCCUCUGUUUGAUUCUGCAGGCAAUGAUGCCGGUAUCCACUGGGGCAUAGCCUCCAUGACCAUCUUCCUCAUCGUACUGUUUUCUCAGUACCUGAAAAACAUCGCGCUGCCCGUGCCCGUGUGCGGACGUGACAAGAAAUGUUACACCUCCAAGUUCUAUCUGUUUCAGGUCUUCCCGGUGCUGCUGGCGCUCUGUAUCUCCUGGCUCACCUGCUUCGUGCUGACUGUCACCGACGUCUUCCCCUCGGCCCCCACGGCCUACGGGCACGGGGCCCGCACCGACAUCAAGGGCGAUGUCUUGAACCAGGCUCCGUGGUUCCGCGUCCCUUACCCAGGACAAUGGGGCCGUCCCACCAUCAGCCUGGCGGGGGUUUUCGGCAUCAUCGCAGGUGUCAUCUCCUCCAUGGUGGAGUCGGUGGGCGACUAUUAUGCCUGUGCCCGGCUGGUGGGGGCGCCGGCACCCCCGAAACACGCCAUCAACCGAGGCAUCGGCAUCGAGGGGCUUGGCUGCCUUCUGGCGGGGGCCUGGGGAACAGGGAAUGGUACCACCUCUUACAGCGAGAAUGUAGGGGCGCUGGGCAUCACCCGGGUGGGGAGCCGGAUGGUGAUCGUGGCAGCGGGUUGCGUGCUGCUAGUGAUGGGCGUGUUCGGGAAGAUCGGGGCUGCGUUUGCCACCAUCCCGACCCCUGUGAUUGGAGGCAUGUUCCUGGUCAUGUUCGGGGUCAUCACAGCCGUGGGGAUUUCCAAUCUGCAGUAUGUGGACAUGAACUCUGCCCGGAACCUCUUUGUCUUCGGCUUCUCCAUCUACUGCGGGCUUGCCAUUCCCAACUGGGUGACCAAGAACCCCGAGAAAUUACAGACAGGUAUCCUUCAGCUGGACCAGGUUACCCAGGUGCUGCUCACCACGGGCAUGUUUGUUGGUGGAUUUCUGGGCUUUCUACUGGACAACACCAUCCCAGGAAGUCUGGAGGAGCGAGGCCUCCUGGGCUGGAAUGAAAUCCAGGAGGAGUCAGAAGAGACCUCCAAGGCCUCUGUGGUCUACGGCCUCCCCUGGGGGAUUGGCACGAAGUUCUGCGUGUCCUCCUGCACCCAGCACCUCCCCUUCUGGCCCCAGCUGGAGAGAGGUGGGAAAGGUGAGGUGGGGGUGAACCAGCUCACCCUCUGCCCUCCGAACUUCUCAGGAGAUGUGGAGACGAGGAUGUGA